CAUAAAAAACAAACCUCCUAUCAGAUAUUUUGUAAAAGCUUUUUUUUCAGUUGACCGGUAAAAUGUCUUUUUUUUUUUUUAAUAAUGUUAUUUUGGUGGCUCUCAUUUAGUUGAGAACCGCUGAUUUUAAUUAAAGAGAAACCUGCCCCCCCCCCCCCCCCCCUUUUUUUUUUUUUUCCCGAAGACUAUCUCCAGAACUACUGUACUAUAAAAUAUAUCUUAGGAAACUCUAUGGUGAGAGCCCAUUGCAUGCUUGGAUAUCUUUUGGGUACGGCUUAGACUACGGGAAGGCAUAGCAUCACACAUCAGGUAGGUUCUUGUUGUGAUAUACUUGGUGGCGGCGUUCAUGUUUAGUUUAAUGGUAUCAUGUGUGGCUUUAUGUCAGCAAAAUUAAGUAGCGUCGAGACGAGGUCAACGCCAUCGAUUAGAUGGUCAAACACUUGGUGCAUAGAUAGAUGAGCAGCGCAUUCAGUAGUGGUAGACGGCUGAUGUUUGUAUACACGUUCAAUUGGUGCUCAAGGGCCAUUGGUGUUGAAGGCUCAUAGGUGUCCAAUGAUAUAAUUGGUGUAAAUGGCUCAUUGAUGUACAAGACUCACUGGUGUACAAGACUCAUUUAUGUACAAGACUCAUUAUAUAUUUUUUUUUAAAUCAGUAAUUAAUGAUAAAACCGUAACUGUAUUUAUAGAUGUCUUACUCUGUUUAUUUUAUGAAGUAAAAAACAACAACCACUUUACAGUAAGCACUCCAAACAGACUCUUCCAACUAAACCAAUGACAUUUUUUUUGUAGUGUUUAAAAUGCAAGGUCUAAGAAUGGGGACGUUAAAUUUAUGACUCUAUGACCAUUAUUAAGAAAGUCUAAGACAGUAUAAAAUAUUUAAAAAAGGUAGUUUGACCCGUGAAGUCCUGGGAAGUGACCAGAGCGCAGGUUUCCAGACCAUAGGAGGGUGACCUAAAACUGGGAAGUGACCAGAGCGCAGGUUUCCAGACCAUAGGAGGGUGACCUAAAACUGGGUUUGCGGAGUGAUAUGUCUGGGGUCGUCGGCCUGAAAUAAUAAACUAGAAAAAUGUAAUUCUAAAAAAUGAUGUCUUGAUGUUUGAGUUACAAUUUAAAACAUAGUAUUAAAUAUGUCACCAAUGACAUGACAUUAACUAUGUCACCAAUGACAUGACAUUAAAUAUGUCGCCAAUAACAUGACAUUGAAUAUGUCGCCAAUGACAUGACAUUAAAUAUGUCGCCAAUAACAUGACAUUGAAUAUGUCGCCAAUAACAUAACAUUAAAUAUGUCGCGAAUAACAUGACAUUAAAUAUGUCGCGAAUAACAUGACAUUAAAUAUGUUGCCAAUAACAUGACAUUGAAUAUGUCGUGAAUAACAUGACAUUAAAUAUGUCGUGAAUAACAUGACAUUAAAUAUGUCGCCAAUAACAUGACAUUAAAUAUGACGCCAAUGACAUGACAUUAAAUAUGUCGCCAAUAACAUGACAUUAAAUAUGCCGCGAAUAACAUGACAUUAAAUAUGUCACCAAUAAAAUGACAUUAAAUAUGUCGCCAAUAACAUGACAUUAAAUAUGUCGCGAAUAACAUGACAUUAAAUAUGUCACCAAUAAAAUGACAUUAAUUAGUCACCAAUAAAAUGACAUUAAAUAUGUCGCGAAUAACAUUACAUUGAAUAUGUCACCAAUAACAUGACAUUAAAUAUGUCACCAAAAGCAUGAAAUUAAAAAUGUUGCAAAUAACAUGACAUGAAAUAUGUCGCCAAUGACAUGACAUGAAAUAUGUCGCCAAUCACAUGACAUGAAAUAUGUCGCCAAUAACAUGACAUUAAAGAUCCCGGGAGAGAAAAACCUAGAUAGAAUCUACUUGCUCGGCGGAGAACUGAAACCUUUUAUAAAGGAAUGUGUUAAAUAUCUAGAAUACAUCAUCUGAUAAAAUUGUAAACAUUUGUAAUUCUAAGAUAAUUAUGCUGCAUUAAUCAAUGCAUACUAUCAUUUGUUUAGGGUAAGCUCAAGACGAUGGAGAAACUGAGUUUGUUAGGUCGUGUUGCCAUAGUAACAGGUAAUUUAUUUAUUUUUAUUCGCUGCGACUAUUCGUAGCCGGGUACCAGAAGUGAGGGGUUGGGAUUAAAAAAAAAAAACUAUUUCAAAUAUUAUUGUUGGGUUUGUAAGACAAAAUGUGGUAUCAAAUGAAAGAUAAUUGAAUGGAAUAUCUGUUUGUAAACUUACUUGUUCAGUUUAAAUAAAAUAAUCUACCACAAAUGACAUCCGACCGAACAGCAUUGAGUCUAAUGGGAUCGUGUCCGAAUGUUCGGAUCCAUUUUGACUAAAUGCUCAUCGGAUUUCAUUUGAGGUAGUUUAUUUUAGUUAAACAAUUGUUGAUUUUUGUUUUUUAGUAUUUAAAAAAAAAAAACACGAAAAAAUAAAGAUUUUCAUUGAACUACGAUUAUAGAUAUAGAAUUCAGUAGGCUUACUCUUUAUUUAAAAAUUACUUCAUUUUAUCUGAUAACAUAGGCUAUAUAUUUGAUUUCCUAGACAAUGUUUUUUUUUUUUUGUUGUUUUUCUUUUGUGGAAAUUCAAGAUACAUGGCACGCUCUGCUUAGCAUUGAUAACAUAUGCCUUGCAUCACGAUCUGAAUUAGCUCAGAUUUCAUAUCCGAAUUUUAAUGUAAUUUUUUUUUUUUUUUAAGUAGACCCUACUUUUUUUAAAAACAUUAUUUGUAGGUAGCAGCUCUGGCAUGGGGGAGGCAACUGCAGUUUUGUUAGCCAGGCGGGGGGCAAGAGUUACCCUCCACGGCCGUUUUUUUUUUUUUGUUUUUUUUCUUUUUUGGAUAUUCAAUAUACAUGGCAUGUUUUUCUUAGCAUUUAUAAUAUUUUCUUUGUAUAAAGAUAUAAAUUAGCUUAGAUUUUAUAUCCGAAUUUUAAUGUAAUUUUUUUUUUUUUUUUAAGUAGACCCUACUUUUUUUAAAAACAUUAUUUGUAGGUAGCAGCUCUGGCAUGGGGGAGGCAACUGCAGUUUUGUUAGCCAGGCGAGGGGCAAGAGUUACCCUCCACGGCAGAGAUCUGAAGAAACUUGACGCCGUCCAACAAAAGAUCAUUGCAGGGGGAGCUAAGCCUGAUGACGUACGGUUUGACGAUAACACCGUUUUACUUUUAUUCACAUCCAUUGGGUCCUAAAGAAAUUGAUCUCAGACUUUCACCGUGGGACUUUUGUGUGUGUGUGUGUGUGUUUGGUUUUUUUUUGUUUGUUUUUUUUUUUGUGUUUUUUUGGGGAGGAAGGUUGGAAAAUAAAAAAAAAAAAAAAACUUAAAGGGAUAAAACAAAAUACCAUCUAAAAAUUCAGUAUUUAUGGGUAAAAAUGCAGAGUUAGAUUUUUUUCUCUCUCCAGUUACUUAAGUGUUAAAUGCAGUUCCAAUGAAAUAAAGCACAAACUAGAAACACGCUCAAGAAACAACACACCUUGGAUUCUAAAUUUGUUUAAGAAAAAGACUAGUCACAUCGCUAACAUUAUUAUUAUUUUUUUUUUAAUUCUUUGUUUAAAAUAAUAGGACAAAAGAUUACAAAAGAGCAAAAAAAGGUGGAGUAUCUUCUUCUUCAAAUAAUGGUAUAAUUAUCUGGCAUACUUUUUUUAAAUACAAACCAUAGACUGAAAGGUAAAUUAUUGUUUCAAAAUCUGUUUUGUAAGACCGUAUUUAUUUACGAUACAUAUUUUAUAAUUAUUGUACACAUUUGUCGUUUUUCAAAUACUUGGUCCUCAUCAGUGUCUUUCUUUCCUCCAGACUCUAGUUGUCUCCGGUGACACCAGUGCCUCUCUUUCCUCCAGACUCUAGUUGUCUCCGGUGACACCAGUGCCUCUCUUUCCUCCAGACUCUAGCUGUCUCCGGUGACAUCAGUGCCUCUCUUUCCUCCAGACUCACUUUGUCUCCGCUGACACCAGUGCCUCUCUUUCCUCCAGACUCUCGUUGUCUCCGGUGACAUCAGUGACCCCAACGUCAGGCAGAAACUGGUCAGUGAGACGGUCAAGAAAUUUGGCAGGCUGGACAUUCUGGUCAACAACGCCGGGUUCGGUCAUCACGCCUUCAUUAGGGACCUCAAGGAGAAGGAGGUGGACGACUGCUUCAACGGUUUAUUCAAAGCUCCCGUCUUUAUGUGCCAGGCUGCACUGCCAUAUCUGCUCAAGACAAAAGGUGAGAAUCUGCUCAUAACCAUCAGAGAAUCUACUCAAUAGAAAACGUUCGGCUAACGCAUCGCAUAUUUGCAUGUGCAUGUGCAUGUUUAAUGAGUGUAUGCAGAACCAUCGCGUUUUUUAUGCCUUUCUGUCACUCUUCGCUUGUGCCCCAUAUGUAUUCCAAAUUGAUAUUUUAAAUAUUGUGUCCACAUCACAAUUUUUGGCCCCCUAAAGAUUCAUAACACUCCAGGUCGCCAUCCAUAACUCAUGUCCUUGUCCUGGCAUCGGUAGAAAUUCGAAACCAUCCGUCCGCUUUUUUUGUUUUCGUUUGUUAGUUGACCUUCGUAACUUUAGCAUUUUGUGGACAUGACACCAAAAAAACAGUUCCCAUUUAGGUUCCACCGAGAUUUGAACUCGGAUCGCAGGAUUCAGAGUCCUGACAGCUAACCAUUACACCAUGGAACCUGAUAUUUGCGCGACAACCAUAAUUUAUUUAAAAUCACAUUUACUGGUAGAUCUCUCUGUGAAGUAUUUGAAGUAAGUGAAGUAAAUUCUCUAUUUGUAAGGGGGGGGGGAAUGUUUUUCUCUUUCUGUGAAAUUAAGUUUUCGAAUUUCUUUCGUUUCUUUUGUUUUCAUAGGAAACAUCGUGAAUGUGUCUUCAGGCUUGACGAGUGAACCAGUGAGUUACAGGUUUAUUGGUUAGAAUGUAUUACGGUACAUCUUUAGCACUGACAUGACACGACGAGUGAGCCAGUGAGUUACAGGUUUAUUGGUUACAAUGUAUUACGGUACAUCUUUGGCACUGACAUGACACGACGAGUGAGUCAGUGAGUUACAGGUUUAUUGGUUACAAUGUAUUACGGCACAUCUUUGGCACUGACAUGACACGACGAGUGAGCCAGUGAGUUACAGGUUUAUUGGUUACAAUGUAUUACGGUACAUCUUUGGCACUGACAUGACACGACGAGUGAGCCAGUGAGUUACAGGUUUAUUGGUUACAAUGUAUUACGGCACAUCUUUGGCACUGACAUGACACGACGAGUGAGCCAGUGAGUUACAGGUUUAUUGGUUACAAUGUAUUACGGUACAUCUUUGGCACUGACAUGACACGACGAGUGAGCCAGUGAGUUACAGGUUUAUUGGUUACAAUGUAUUACGGCACAUCUUUGGCACUGACAUGACACGACGAGUGAGCCAGUGAGUUACAGGUUUAUUGGUUACAAUGUAUUACGGUACAUCUUUGGCACUGACAUGACACGAGUUCUAUUAUUGUAAUGAUAAUUAGUCCCUAAUUAUAAAAAUGUUUAUAAUUGAAAUGAUUUAGCCUAUACCUAAAGCGAAGGCUAAUUAAUCGAAUAUAGAGAAAUUCUCACCAAAACCAAUAACAUUUUAUACAGGAAUAUUUAACUUUAUUAACUUACUAAAGACUAUAUUAUAUGACUAUAAAAAAAAAAACAAUAUGUGAACAAAUUUAUUUCACAAAAUAUUGAAUAUUGUGUUACACAAAACAUCAGCACUUUUAAAAAGAAAACCACAAUAAACAAUAACAAACCCGUAAUUUCUAUUGACACAUUUAUCCAUCCAGUGAAAUAAGAACACACUAUUUAAUAAUGGUAGGCACAACAGGUCACCAAUACGUGCUCUAUUUUGAUUGCAGUAUCCUGGUCUCUUCGCCUACGGCGCCGCUAAGGCAGCACUGGACUACUUUUCCAAGUGUGCCGCACUCGGUAGGUAGGAUGACAGCAGGAAAUUAUAGUCCCUUACAGGACAAGAUAUUUUUUAGAUAUUUGAACAGAAACUAAGCAAUCCCCUAAAACAAAGUUUUUCGUAUAGAUCCAUGAUAAACCAAUGUAGGUUAACAUUGAGCAAUGGGAGGAGGGACUUAAAAUGUAACAGGACACGCAUUGAAGUAACUCACUCUAUAAGAAUCCUAAAUAGUGCUCUCUCCCUUCCCCCCCUCCGCCCCCCCACUCAAAUGCUCACGAUUGCAUUUUUUUCCCACGCCCAUGAACUCUAUUAAUAUUAACCACUUCUGUAAAACAAAAGAAAUUGUUACGCACCAAACGGACUUGCGAUACUUUUAAGAAUCUCGUUUAGCGCAGUUAUCGAGAAUUUAAUUUUCGUGAAAUCAGUGACAUCUGGUUGCCUUGAAACUGAUUUUGGGGCGUUAGGGGGGGGGGGUGGGACUGACAAUUUGAAAGAAUGUGUUGUCAUGGGCAUCGGGUCUACGUGCCAAGUUUCAGCUCGAUAGGAUGACGGGAAGUGGGUCAAUUAACCAUCUGAAGAUUAUGCCUUAAAGAAACACACGAACGAAAGCGAAUUUAAUGUAAAGGAUUAAGAACAAUGGAUUAGUAACGUGUGAUAGAUACGAUAAGGUUUGUCUCUAACUCUAAUCAAUGUUGAUCAUUUUCUUUGACAAUUUCAGAGUUUGGCAAAUCUGGUAUCCGGGUGAACACUGUCAAGUAAGUGCUGCUUUUAAAUAGUAAACAAUUCAAUAAAAAAAAUUAUAAAAGUGUGUGUGGGGGGGUGGGGUAAAUUUCCUAAUGCUCUGCUCCAGGGGUCCUCAAACUAAGGCCCGCGAGCCAGGUGUGGCACGCCAAGAGACCUUAACGCAGACCGCCUGGCUGUCGUACGGGUACCCAUGUUGACGUGACAAAUAAAUAUGGAUCCUAACAACAACCAUCUCGUUAGUCCAUCGCAGGCCCCGUUCCAACCAUUGAAUGUGAAGAAGUCAAUGUUGAUUAGAGUUGCUCUUCAUUUUAAAAUGGGGUUUUUUGUAGUUUUUUUUUCUUUUUUUCUUGUUUUUUUUUGUAAUUUUUUUUUUUUUUUUUUGUUUUUUUUUUUUUUUGUUGUUUUUUUUUCUUUAAAAUUUUUUUUUUUUUUUUUUUUUUUUUUUUUUUUUUUUUUUUUUUUUUUUUUGGUUUUUUUGUUGUUUUUUUUUUUUUUCCUCUUAAAAAUUAUUUUUUUUUUUUUCAAACUCUAGUCGGGCUCCCAACCGUGACUGAGGGACAGUGAAGUGGGCCAUGUUUAAGUAAUGGCAAUCUCUCAGAACAUAAUUUGUCUCUUGAUAGAUUUAUAGAUUUAUUUAUUUUGAUGUGAUGAUAUUUUCACCCCCACCACCGCCCUACCACCCCUUCCCCCAAAUUGUUGUCUUCUUCUUUCAAUUUUUUAGGUAAAUGUGUUUACAUACACUCCGCUAAAUAGUUUAGUUGUUCUUAACUAGAUUUCUGAGCGUCUCAAUUAAAAAGAUUACGUGUUGGCAAAUGGAAACCAAAAAAUGUCAGGCAAUUUAGAUUUAAUUUACUAGUCUAUCGAGGUAUUUAGCGAAUGUAAGCAUUUAAAAAAAAUAAAUAAAUUGUUAAAUCCAUGUGUUUUGACGAAGUUGCCAUCCUCCAUCAGCCCAGGGGUCAUCGCCACGCCCAUCUACACCACAUUCACAGACGCCCCAGACAAGAAGGACGCAGUCGGCAAUGUAAGCUGAAUGAGAAAUCACCAUCAUCGCUCAUGGUGUGACAAUCAUACCUCAUGGUGUGACAAUCAUCCCUCAUGGUGUGACAAUCAUUGCUCAUGUUGUGACAAUCAUCACCCAUGUUGUGAAAAUCAUCACUCAUGUUGUGACAAUCAUCACUCAUGAUGUGAUAAUCAUCAUUCAAUCAUUCAUGGUGUGGCAAUCAUCACUCAUGUUGUGACAAUCUUCAUUCAUGCUUUUAAAAAAAACAUCAUACUUUUCACGUGGCUUCAUAUCCUUGUGAGCGCUGCCUCCCCCCACCCCUUUCCAACCCCUACGCCCUUUCCCAACAGCCUACUGCAUAGUGUGGUUUCUUCACUUGCACCGACUAUUUUCCAUUCUGUGGGUCUCUGUCUUUUAUAAUCUUUACACGACACAUAGAGGUUUCCUUUGGAGGCUCAGACUGACAUAUUUAUGUAUUGUUAAAAAAAAUGGUGUUAUGCAAAUAGAUACAAUUCUAUUUUAAGCGAUAAUAGCUUUUAAAUAACGGAACGUGUUUUAAUGUCUCCAAGCGGAUUUUAGUGGCUUCUUAUAUUUACUGAUAAUGCUAACAUAGACAAUUGACAAGGAUGUUGUCUCUUCUUGAACCAGCUCCUCGCGCACCAUGAGCGUAAGACCAUCCUGGGACGUAAUGGGCAACCCGAGGAGAUAGCAGAAACCAUCGCCUUCCUGGUGUCCGACGCUGGGAGUUUUAUCACAGCUGGCGAGGUCAUAGCUGACGGUGGGCGCCAUAUUUACUUCCACAGCGGGGAGCCGGCACAGAUGCCCAAGUACGAUGACCUGGUGGGCACAGAUGCCCAAGUACGAUGACCUUGUGGCUAAAUGAAACCGGAUGCCAUGACAAUGACAUUGUACUUUCAAUGUCAUAACCCUUAACAUGUACUCAUUUUUUUACAAUUGAAAUUUAUUCGCUAUUAGUCACUAUCUCGAUAUCUUUUGGAUACAUAAUACAUAUAUGUUAUUGAUGUAUCUCAAUGUCUGUUGUCUACAUAGUUAACAUAUUCGCAUUUUUAUCAUUUCUUUAAUGCAUUCGAUUAGAAAGAGGUCUUUGAUUUCCUUAGGGAAGUAUUUCCCAACCCACUCUUUAACCAGUUAAUUUUGUGAUUUCAAGACAAAAAGAUUACGUUUUGUGAAAAAUAAACACAAGUACAACUUUAUAAAUAUUUAUAAUUAAGGUUCACGUUUUCUAUACUGGAAUAGUAAUAAAUGAGAUGAUCCAUUAAGUAGUGGUAUCCGCUUGUUUUUAACUUGUGUUUUUUACAAGUACCCAUAAAUUCUAGAGACUAGUGACUUCAUUUCUAGAGUUGUACAAACCAUCAUUAAGAUCUUGAUUUGAAAGUCCUUAUGUAUGUGUCCAUCUGUUAUUACAAAAAAAUUCAUUAAUAUCUUGAUUUGAAAGUCCUUAUUUAUGUGUCCAUCUGUUAUUACAAAAAAAUUCAUUAAUAUCUUGAUUUGAAAGUCCUUAUUUA